AUGGCAGUGGACGACGAGGGCGACGCUGCGGACGGUGGCACCGUGCGUAGCUCCGGGACGCCGCAGCUGGCGCGCAUUGUAACGACGAACCUUGGCGGAGGAGUCCCUCCCGCGCAGAUCAACGACGAGAAUGAGGAGCAGAACGCGACAGCGACAGUAACCACGCCGCAAUUGCCGCAUGGAGGGUUUGACAAAAUACAGACGCUGCCAACGCCAAUGCUGUACACACCGAUGUCGCCCAGGAUACCACAAGGGUUGGGGAUAGACUUGGGGAAAGUGGGGCCCCUGGUGGAGACUAAUAACCAGAACAGCGGUGCCCCCCUGCAGCAAUUACAGGUGCGGAAGCGGAGGGGCCCGAAGGGGAAAGGUUUGCAAAACUCGCAGAACCUCGAUGAUGCGUUGAAGUUGGAGCACCGUAUCGUUUCAGAAUUGGUGCAGCCGGUAAACUUGUCCCCGCAGCGUAUCGUCUCCUUACCGACUGUAAGUGAGGAGAGCGGGUUUACGGAGAAAGUAGGGGCGGGGGAACUGGGGGAAGAACUUGGCGGAGAAUUCACAGUGGGUGACGAUUCUUACAUUACAGGGUACCUGCUUCGAGACUUGAACAGCUCUGUGACGUGGGAGAAAGUGAAACAGAUAGGCCGGGGUAAUUUCAGCGUGGUCAAAUUGUGCCACCGUAAACUUGUAGGUGAACAGCCCAAGGGGGAAGACAGGAUUCUGGAAUACGUGGCCGUGAAACAGAUCAUAUAUCCUCCGGACCUUGUACAAGCAAAACGAGACCGUACAGAACUUUUCUCCCAGUUCGAGAGCUCGCUGACGAGGGAACUGUCCGUGCUACAGCAGUUACACCACCCUUGUAUUGUUCAGUUUUUGGCUAUCAACAACCCGGUGUUUGUCAGGGAACGCACGCCGAUUUCGAGACUUCUCGAGGUGCAUGGCGAUGGUGUUUUGCCCGUUUGUGAUAUCGUUAUGUCAUACAGCAAAGGUGGGGACCUGCUCAAUGCGCUGACGGAGCGGAACAGUGGUGUUGCGCUCCCCCUCGUGCAGAGGAUAUUUGCCGAAUUAACGACUGCGGUGAGGUAUCUACACGGGAGGGGCAUAGUGCACCGUGAUUUGAAGCUGGAGAAUGUGCUGCUAAACUACGACCUCCAAGAGUUUGCCACGGCCUUUGAGGCGGACCCAUUACAGUUCGCGGACACCCCAUUGAUCCAACUGACCGAUUUCGGACUGUGCAAACAGGUGGCCGCCGACGAGCUAUGUACGGCCCGUUGCGGGUCUGAGGACUACGUGUCCCCUGAGAUCCUGAUGGGGAUCCCCUACGAUGGCCGUUUGUCUGACAGUUGGGCGCUCGGCGUGAUAAUGUAUUGUUUACUUGAGGACAUGUUGCCCUUUGACGUCCCACCAAACGCGACGCCACGGCAGAGACAACGUGCCACCUCGCACCGUAUUGCGCGGUUUGAGUGGCGGUGGUUCAAAUGGGCAGGGAAGCCACUAAAUGCGAAAGAAAUCGUAGAGCGUACUCUGACGAGAAGGAACCAGAGGUGGAACGUGGACGACAUUUCCCAAACACGGUACAUCCAGGACGUAGUUGAGACACUGACGUUUCUGCUCUAA